AUGAUAUAUGUCAUGUCCAACAGCAAUUGGCAGGCCAUUUACCAUUCUUUAACUUGGAAAGCAGAACCUGAGCCAGAUGAAGAAGUUGAAAAUGAACCAGAUGAUAGGACUCGACCAAAGAAGCGACUAAUAUUCCCAGGAAAGACAAUAUCUAAGAAUAAAAAGAAAAAGAGGGUACAUAAAUCAGAAAGGGUUCCUCGAGAGGAAAGAACUUCCGAGCAAUCCACUCCUCCCGAGCAUCACGAUGCUCCUGAAGAUGUGGAAGUGGAAAGAACCAUUAGGAAAUCUACAAGAACUUCAGUUAUUGUUAAGCAAGCUGAGAGGGAGGCAAUACAAGCAGCACUGCAAGCAACAAUAAGGCCAAUUAAAAAGAAAAAGGAAGGCGAGGAGAAGCGGAUGACCCAAGAAGAGAUGCUUCUGGAAGCAGCUCAAACAGAAAUUAUGAACCUUAGAAAUUUGGAGCGAGUUUUAGCUAGGGAAGAAGAAGUUAAGAAAAGAGCAGUUGUGCAUAAAGCAGUUUACACUGGCCCUCAGAUACGAUAUCUUUCAAGAAAUGGUUCUUCAUUUCUUGAGUAUAUGAAUGGAGCGUCAUUUGAAUCAGAGAUAUCAACAGAAUCCCAUCCUUACGCAGAAAAAGCAAUUUGUGCUGUCACUGGGUUACCUGCAAAAUAUCGCGAUCCGAAGACUGGGCUACCAUAUGCAACAAAAGAAGCUUUUAAGAUGAUAAGAGAAGAGCUGUCUGAUAAAAGCAGAAGCAUUUCAGAGAAAAAAAGCAAGGAACUCCUCUCUGAAGCAAUUCCUGAGCAAGGAUUUUCUCAAAGACGAAAGAGAACAAUGUUUCCAAAGAGAGAAACAUCAUACUUCCGGCCAUUUGCUCGUUUCCGUAGAUUUCCUGCUAGUGAAAUAGAAGAUUCAGAAUAGUGACGAUGUGAGCUGGUGUUCUAUAUUUCUUGUCUUCUGUGCAUGUAUUGACAGAUGUUUUGCUAGAUAGAUCAGGAUAUUGUGAAUACAGAGUUAGGACAGAUUUUGUAAUCUUUGUUAUUAACCAAUCGCAGAGCACAUAAUUAGCACCUGACCAAGAUUAAAUUGCUGAACCAUGAACCAGCCUUCUAAUGAUGCUGUCCAAUCCUAUAUUUAGUCGUUAACAUGUUUCUAAACACGCAAACCCUGUACGCCAUUACAGAAGGAGAUAAUGGCAAAUAAUAUUGCUCUUUGUUUUGGUUCUGCGACCAUCUCUGUUCUCACCUGUUAGUGCUGUCGUUGAAGCUCCAACAACAAAUCACCAACUUCUGACUGGUGACCGCAUCAAUGUGAAGCCACCUAUGCUCAUCUCCAGUAUGAGAAACAAGAAUUUGAGCGACAUGUUAGAGUGUAGCUGUAGGCUUGUAGCUCAGUUUCAGGUGGAAUGGUGAGACAGCAACUUUUACUUUGGGCUCGGUGUGGCUUGGAUUGCCUUUAGAAUCCACCAAUAGCUGGAAAAGUCAUCCACCAGAAAUACUUCCAGCUAAAAUGAUGUAUUUUCAGUUGCAUGAGCCCGGUGACUUAUUUAUCAGGUUUUCGAGACAUCUUAUAAAGUAGAACAACAAUUAUGCUUAGUUUUGCACGGAGGUAGGUGACUGCUCCUUGUGCAGAAGGUAUCAUCUCAUCAUCUCACCCCGCAUCCUUUUCAUCUUAACAUAAUCAGGAAGCAUUAACUCGCAGUCAAAAACUUCUUUCGGGACGCAGAUCACAUCCUUAUGUGGAUGACAUCCAGGAGACGCAUAUUUUGAUUAGAAAUAGAAGGAUGCAAGGUGUGCUGAUGCAGGUUACAAACAUGUACAAUCGAGUUGAUGCUUCUGAUAUAUGAAACAAAAUUGCAUUCCACUUCUGUUGCUGGCAAUGGUUGUUGGAUUUUAGUCUCCAGGCUGGAAAUCUCCUUCAUUAUUCAUGAAACCAACAGCAAUUACUUUGGGAUAACUGAUCAAAAGAAAGUUUAGGAAAGAACUUAGGGUGCGUUUGGUACCCCAUAGAAUUGGGGUUUAGAAUUAGAAUUGGAGUUCCAAUUCUAAUUCUUGUGUUUGGAUGUCACCUUUUCCAUAGAAUUAGCAUUGAAUUCUAAUUCCAAGAAGUUCCAAUUCCACGAGUUGAAUUCUUUAUCAGACCAAAAGAAUUGUGAUUCCAAUUCCACAUCUAAACCCUAAAAAAUGGGUUUACACGCGGAUCCAAUGUGGGUAAAAAAUAAAAAUCGGGUCAAAUUUAUUCGCAUCCCUCUUCUGUCUAAUUCACCGCUUUUUGCUCGACUCAAUGGCUCUUGCUCUCCACCGCCGCUUCCAUCUCAACUUUAACAUUUUGCCUCUCGCACCACCAUCACCCUCAUUGCCCUUCGCUCCUCCGACCAUCCCUCUUCACCACUCCUGCCACCCCUCCGAGUGCUCUCUUCUUUGGAGAUUCGUAUUCAUUCGCUUUUCUCCGCUUGAGCUUGAAUUUUGUGACAGAAUUGUGGUCGAACUUGACUAUGAUACUGGCAAAUUGGCCACCAAAUUUGUUCAAAGACGGAGAGUUUAUUGUCAUCCAUGGAUAAAAUACUGGAUUCCUGAUUUUGGGAUUAAAGAGAGGAUUGAUCAUAUCCUUUCAGCUCUGUUUGCAUGUGGCUGCUGAGCGUGUCCUUGUUCUGAAUACUGUGAGAUCCAAGCUGCCUGUCGCAGUUACUACUACGGAUGAUGCCAAAGAUUCUGUAAAGGAGGAAAUUCGCUUGAGGAUGAGUCUCAAGACCAUAUAAAGAGGUAACAGCUUCAUGAACUAGCCAUGCUGAACUCAAAUUUUAGAGAAGAGAGUCCAGGACAAAGUGGCAGCGUGUCACCUUUCAAUACUAGUGGAAUGAAACAUCCCAAAACUGGGCGUUGAAAUGUUGUAUCUGCUGCUUCAUUAAAGUACUUUCUCUUGACCUCUAAUCCGCAGAGUUAUGCCUGAACAUAUACAAUUCGUGGCUAUCAACUCUCCUUACGGCUCAAUGUGCAGCUACCUAAGUGAAGAAUUGAUAUGAACAGACAAAGGAGUAUUUGGAGAUAUGCGUUUUUGGCUGGAUUUUUUUUUUGUUUUUAUGUUUCUAUUUAUUUACUAAAAAACAUAAAACAGAGACAGAAACAGGAGGAGGCGGUUGGAGUAGGGGUGGAAAAGGGAGAAACAGAAAUUGGUUUAGACAGUUGGCCUCUUGAGUUAGGAUUUAUUUGUAACUGAUAGUUUUUAGCUUUUUGGUUUAUACAGUUGAAGCAUUUGAUCAAGAGUUUUUGUUACAUAUGAAGGAUUUAUUUGUAACUGAUUGUUUUCUUAUCUUUUUCUUUCAUGAAA